AUGGAGAAUGUGAGUAUUGUGACUUCUGACUAUGAAGAAUUUUUCACACAUGCACAGAGGAUCUCCGAUAGGAAGACAGAAAAGGCAGAAGAGUCGGCUCCAGCUAAGCCCGACCAGAAUCGGCGAGUCCCUCUAAUGGACUCGACAAGUCCAUGUGUUAAUGACAAAACGGUCAUUCCCUUAAAUCCAUAUAAUCCUCCUUUGCCAUUCCCAAUCAGAGCCAUGCCUGGUGAAAAGGUUGAAGCUUAUAGAGCUUUUAUGGAGCAUGUUAGAGCCCCACAAGUCAACGUGCCAUUUGUAGAAACAAUGCUUCAAAUGCCCAAGUAUUUUAACUUACUAAAGGGUCUCUUUGCUGCUAGGAAAGAUUUAGCUGAAGUCGCAAAAAUAAUAUUGAGUGAGUUACCCGAAAAGAAGGGCGAUCCGGGGAGUAUCAUAAUUCCGUGCGAAUUUGGAAAUGCACUUUUCACUGAAGCGUUGACCGACUCGGGUGCAAGCAUCAACCUGAUGCCUUUCUCUUUCUUCAAGAAGCUGAAUUUACCGGAGCCAAGGCCGGUAAACAUGAAGAUCCAUUUGGUAGACAAGACAACAAUUCAUCCAAGAGGCAUUUGUGAGGAUCUUCUCAUUAAAGUCAACAAGUUCAUAUUUCCAGUAGACUUUGUGGUGCUUGAUAUGGAAGGAGACCCCGAAAUUCCGAUUAUUUUGGGGAGGUCAUUUUGA